CACGCCGCCUCACGUUUACCUAUGCCUGUCCGGAUUGCUCGGCGACAGGACGGUCCGGUCAAAGCGUUCAACGCACCAUGGAGUGUCAGAGGAGGGCCAUUCAAGUUUAGCAUCGAAGCCAAGUUCGCCAUGAACUGUGCAUUGAUCAAUGGCGAAGAUUGCAAACCGCUUCCAGAGGAAUAGCAGGAGAUCUUUGCUAAGCCUAUGAACCUAAAGAAAGCGCUGACAUCUACACUACAUGUCUCAGUUAAGCAUGUGGAUAGUGAAGGGGAGAGAAAGGAUUUGCGACUCAGACCUGCUUUCAAGGCAGUUCCGAAUGUCAUUUGGGGAGCGUAUGAUGAAGCUUCGGAUCCUAACCAUGGAUCUGGUAACAACUCUAUCGGUUCCCUUCUGAACGGAUCUGAUUCUUUCGUCUCGCUCAUGAUGGCUGUGGAGCUUCAAUUUCCAGUACCACAUGUGUCAAAGGAUUCCAUAUUGCCCUUCGAUGUCGAAUUAGCCAUGGUCAGCAACGUGAACCCCCCGGGCAAAGAUGCCGGCGAGCCGGAUGAGAUAAACUGGCCGCUAUUUCCUACAUCAGAGCACCAGGACGAUCGUUGGACACCUGCCCAGAGUCUCCCGAAUCCGAACCUCGUGAAAGAUCAGCCAAAACAACAAUGGGAUGCGGUGGAAAAGUGUUGGUCAGCAGUCGAUGCAAAAUCACUCGUCGGAGUAGUAAAUACGUGGUCUGAGUUCCUUGGAUGGGAGAGGGAUGUGGUCCCUGCUAAGAAACCAGAAUUCUUGAUACGCCGGGUUUCAGAGAGGUAUCUGGAGGCGCCGCAUAUUUGUUGCUGAUUUUCACGUACACGGAACUGUCUCUGAAUAAUAUUUUUGAGCCAAGUAAGCAUUGUAGUAGUGCGCUUGAAAAUUUGCAGGGAGAGGUCGCACGCGUUCUGGGAUCUAGCCGACAAACUUCUCAUUGCCGA